ACUGUACCUAACAGAAAUCACAGCGUCUUAACUUCUCAACUCAACGCUCUAAUUAAGAGAGACAUGCUUUCUCAUUAAUUUAAUGUCUUUGUGAUAUGUUUAUGUGGUGAUUGCUUUGUGCCCCAUGAACCGUGCUGGGAUUCAUCAUUGGCUUCUGCAACUUGUUUGUGUACAUGAUACAUAUGGUGAUGAUGAUGAAGACAAAAUAGCAGAGGAUCAAUCCUUUUUGUUACUGGAUCCCUCAUUGAUAUUUUGAUUGCAAUAUCCCAUUAGCAUGGAUUAGAUCACCGGAGGACUCAAGGGCCAGAGCAGUUAUUCUUUUGAGUUCAGUAGUAGUUUAGUGAAGUGAAAUAGUUUUAGAGGAUCUGACUCUUGACAUUAUCAGGCAGUAGAUUAGAGGAAUAUAACUGCUAUGCCAUUGUAGUUGAGUGACCUUUCUAAUCUAUGAUAGGAUAACGUGAAAGAGAACUUAUAUACUUGGAGUGAGCAUUUUAUAAUCAUGGAAUUAGGUGCUUCUCCACGGAGGCAGAAAUUGCAGACACCAAGUUGCAAAAGUUUAUCUGUUGGGCCAGACCUGUGGCUUGCUGUGCGUGAAGGAUCACUAAAUGAUGUAGAGUUGGCCUUGACACAAUUGAAGAAGAGUGGGGGCAAUAUCAAUUUGAGGAAUGCCUUUGGGCUUACUCCCCUUCAAAUAGCAACUUGGAGAAACCAUGUCCCCAUAGUGCGAAGGCUGCUCGCAGCUGGUGCAGAUCCUAAUGCUCGGGAUGGAGAAUCAGGAUGGACUAGCCUUCACAGGGCUCUGCAUUUUGGUCAUCUUGCUGUGGCAAGCAUCCUUCUUCAGCAUGCUGCAUCUACUACAUUGGAGGACUCUAAAUAUCGGAUACCUGUAGAUCUGUUAUCUGGCUCUGUAUCUCAGGUUUUUGAUAAUGAACAUUAUUCAGUGGCUAAUGAGGUUUUCAGUUGGGGAAGUGGCACAAAUUAUCAGCUUGGAACUGGAAAUGCACAUAUUCAAAAGUUACCAUGCAAAGUUGAUUCUCUUAAUGGGUCGAUGAUAAAAAUGAUUUCUGCUGCAAAGUUUCACAGUGUGGCAGUUACUGCUCGUGGGGAAGUGUAUACAUGGGGGUUUGGAAGGGGGGGCCGUUUGGGGCACCCUGAUUUUGACAUACACAGUGGUCAAGCUGCAGUCAUUACUCCUCGCCAGGUGAUUGGUUUGGGUUCCCGUAGAGUGAAGGCAAUUGCUGCAGCUAAGCAUCAUACGGUUAUUGCUACUGAAGGUGGGGAAGUGUUCACCUGGGGAUCCAACAGAGAGGGACAGCUUGGAUACACUGCUGUAGAUACACAACCCACACCUCGUCGAGUGACCUCUAUGAGGGCCAAAGUCAUUGCUGUUGCUGCAGCGAACAAGCACACAGCUGUAGUGUCUGAUUUAGGCGAAGUUCUUACUUGGGGUUGCAAUAGAGAGGGUCAACUUGGUUAUGGCACCUCAAAUUCUGCCUCUAAUUACACUCCACAUUUGGUUGAAUCCUUGAAGGGAAAGACAUUAAUCAGCGUUUCUGCUGCAAAAUAUCAUACAGUUGUGUUAGGAUCUGAUGGAGAGGUUUACACUUGGGGUCAUCGUCUUGUUAAUCCAACACGUGUAGUCGUUACUAGGAACUUGAAGAAAAAUGGAAGCACUCCUUUAAAGUUUCAUCGCAUGAAACGACUUCAUGUGGUUUCUAUAGCUGCAGGAAUGGUACACAGCAUGGCUCUUACUGAUGAUGGUGCAUUAUUUUAUUGGGUCUCCUCGGAUCCAGAACUUAAAUGCCAACAGUUAUAUACAAUGUGUGGAAGAAAUAUGGUGAGCAUAUCUUCUGGAAAGUACUGGACUGCAGCUGCAACAGAUACCGGUGAUGUUUAUAUGUGGGAUGAGAAAUGUAAGGAUAAGCCACUUGUUGCACCUCGGUUGUAUGGUGUAAAGAGAGCUACUUCGGUUUCAGUUGGUGAAACACAUAUACUAAUUGUGGCUUCCCUCUAUCAUCCUGUUUAUCCUCUCAACACUAUUGAGAAUUCUCAGAAGCAUAAGUUGAAUAAAAGGGAUGAUAUGGAAGAGUUAGAUGAAGAUAUUUUAUUUGAGGAAUUGGAAUCCAGUAGAGGUAUAUCUGCAAUACAGACUGAUACUUUUGGGCAGAGAUCCAUACCCAGCUUAAAAAGUCUUUGUGAAAAAGUAGCAGCAGUGUGUAUGGUAGAGCCAAGAAAUGCCAUACAACUGCUUGAGAUUGCUGAUUCUCUUGGAGCAGAUGAUUUGAAAAAGUACUGUGAGGAGAUUGUUUUGCGUAACCUGGAUUAUAUAUUUACCAUUUCAUCACAUGCUAUGUCAAGUGCUUCACCAGAUGUUCUGGCAAAUCUUGAGAGGACAUUAAACCAGAGAUCAUCUGAGUCUUGGAGUUACCGUCGGUUCCCUAGUCCAACUGCUACUUUCCCAGUGAUCACUAAUAGUGAAGAGGACUAUGGUGAUAUAGAGUUUCAAAAGACUCCCAUAAAAAUGUCUGCAUUGAAGUUGGAGAAAGAUCAAAGAGUUGAUUUGUUUCUGCAGCCCAAGGAUGAUCCCAAUCAAGGAAUCUUGAAAGUAGUUCGAGCCUUAAGGAAGAAGUUGCAGCAGAUUGAGGUUCUCGAAGCUAAGCAGUGUAAGGGAUAUCUUCUUGAUGACCAGCAGAUUGCUAAGCUUCAAUCCAAAUCAUCACUUGAGAGCUCACUCUCAGAAUUGGGUGUUCCUGUUGAGACAUCAAAAGAAUUGUCCUCUGUACCACUCGAAAGGAAAAAUGGUAAGAAGGGCAAACUAUCAAGAAAACAGAGGAAAAACAGUGGCAAACCAAGUGUAGAGCAGACAGAACUGGAAUCUGUUUAUUAUAGAAGUGAAGUCACUUCAGAACCUGCGAAGGACUUGUUGGACAAUAACAUCUUGCAGGUUUCUGGCUCAAAGGUGGAAGAUCAUACUAUGCUUGAACAAACCACCAGGUCCACCACCACUGAUCAAGUUGCAGGAGAUUCAGCUUGUAUGGUACAUAAGAAAGAUUCUUUAGAGAUUAUAAAAAGCAAGAGGCAAUCUCCUAAGGUUUCUAAGAAGAGCAAGAAGGGUGGGCUUUCUUUGUUUCUGAGUGGUGGUCUAGAUGAUGUCUCAAAAGAGGUUGUUCCCCCUCCACCAACACCAAGAAACGAGAGUCCUGCAUGGGGUGGAGCCAAGUUCAUCAAGGGUUCUGCUUCUAUUCGUGAAAUUCAGGAUGAACAAAGCAAAAUCAAAGCAAAUCUGCCAGCUAGGAGAAAAGAGCAGGUGGACGAUCUUUCUGAUUCCGGCAGCACAGGGAGAAUAAAGUUGAGUUCAUUUCUUCCUUCCAGUCCAAUACCGGUUUCCUCAACUCGCAGCUCCCAAGCAUAUGAUGGAGAAAGAAGUACUCCUCCUUGGGCUGCUUCAGGAACCCCUCCUCAUCUCUCUCAGCCAUCUUUUAGGGACAUCCAAAUGCAACAGGGAAAGAAACAAAAUAGUUUUUCUCAUAGUCCAAAGAGUAGAACAGCUGGAUUUACUAUUGCUUCCAGUCAAGGCUCACCAUCUGAAACCACUGGGAUGAACCGCUGGUUCAAGCCAGAAGUGGAUACACCAUCCUCAAUUCGUUCUAUUCAAAUUGAGGAAAAGGCUAUGAAGGAUCUAAAGCGCUUCUACAGCAGCGUUAAGAUUGUCAGAAGGCAGCCUUAAGGUCAGACAAUGUAUUUGCUAAGGUAGCGCUCACUCUUCUUUCUUCUCAACUCAGCAGUGUUAGUCCAAAUGACCAUAAAUUAGACUGUACAGUUAGUUGCAGUGUACAUUGAUUUCUCUUUUAAUAUAAAAAAUGCUAAAUGCUAUAUGUACAUUCAUUUUUUUCAACUUUCCUUUUAGUUGGAAACUGGUCAAUAAUGAUCCUCUUCAUGAUGGCAAAUGCCAGAGUGGAUUACAAAAUACAAACUGUUCAUAGUUUUCCAGUUAUCAUAAGGGUAAAAACAUGUAAGAAUAAGGGGACAGUUUAGCCUUGUAUGGGUUUUGUAUGUUCCCACACCAAGGCAAUUGCAUCUAAUUCCAAUAUCUAAUUUCUCC